AUGGCCCUGGCGGAGGUGGCGUACGGGCUGCGGGCGGUACCCCGGCUGUUUGAGGAGUUGCAGAUGCCGCAGUGUGAGAGAAAGAAGCGGGCUCUGAACUCUCUGUGUGACCUGCUCCACGACCCCGAGAGACUCUAUCAGGCUGUAACCGCAGGUCUGGUAGAACAGCUCAGUCCAUUGUUACAAGACCCAGACUCUGCAGUGAGGAGCAGAACAUGCGACCUGCUACAGUUGAUCACUACUCACUCCAUCGGACGAGGUGCGCUGCUGUCGUCCUCGCUGCUCGGGCCUCUUUUUCUCCUCCUCGACGAUUCUGAUUCUCAGUGCCGAAUUGCGGUUCACAGAGUCCUGAACGGCCUGGUCCUCCUGCCCUUAGGUGCUGAAGUUUUAUUGAGUUUGGUCCCAAAACUGAUGCUGAAGCUGAGAGAAACGGACGAGGAGUUAGGAGGAGAGGAAGGAUCAGAGGAGAUAGGAGUCAAAGAGGAGCCUAAGGAGAUAGGAGUAAAGGCGGAGCCUGAGGAGAUAAGAAUCAUAGAGGAGCCUGCAGGAGUCAAAGAAAAGCCUACAGAGAUGGGAAUCAAGGAGGAAACUGAGGAGAUAGGAGUCAAAGGAGAGGCUGAGGAGAUAGGAGUAAAGGAGGAGCCUGAGGAGAUAGGAGUCAAAAAAGAGGCUGAGAAUAUAGUAAAGGAGGAGCCUGAAGAGAUAGGAAUCAAGGAGGAAACUGAGGAGAUAGGAGUCAAAGAAGAGGCUGAGAAGAUAGGAAUCAAGGAGGAAACUGAGGAGAUAGGAGUCAAAGGAGAGGCUGAGGAGAUAGGAGUAAAGGAGGAGCCUGAGGAGAUAGGAGUCAAAAAAGAGGCUGAGAAUAUAGUAAAGGAGGAGCCUGAAGAGAUAGGAAUCAAGGAGGAAACUGAGGAGAUAGGAGUCAAAGAAGAGGCUGAGAAGAUAGGAAUCAAGGAGGAAACUGAGGAGAUAGGAGUCAAAGAAGAGCCUGAGGAGACAGGAAUCAGGGAGGAAACUGAGGAGAUAGGAGUCAAAGGAGAGGCUGAGGAGAUAGGAGUAAAGGAGGAGCCUGAGGAGAUAGGAGUAAAGGAGGAGCCUGAGGAGAUAGGAAUCAGGGAGGAAACUGAGGAGAUAGGAGUCAAAGAAAAGGCUGAGGAGAUAGGAGUAAAGGAGGAGCCUGAGGAGAUAGGAGUCAAAAAAGAGAAUGUGGAUAUAGUAAAGGAGGAGCCUGAGGAGACAGGAAUCAGGGAGGAAACUGAGGAGAUAGGAUUCAAAGAAGAGGCUGAGGAGAUAGGAGUAAAGGAGCAGCCUGAAGAGAUAGGAAUCAAGGAGGAAUACGUGGCGUUCGAAGUCAAGAAAGAAUCUGGGGAGAUAGGAGACAUUAAAGGAGGCAAACCAGUGUCUGAAGGAAACAAGGAACUAGAUCCCGAAGAGAAAGAGCAGCAGGAGGAGGAGUUGGUGCUGCUCCUGUCCACUGUGACUAGCUGCUCUCGCCGUAAUGCCCUCCCAGCUCUGGCAUCGGAGGGCAUCUCGCUACUUCACCACAAACUGAAGCACCGCUCGGCUCGUGUGCGCAGACAGGCGGCGGCGGCCAUGUUGGCUCUCAGUGUUCCUCUGGAGGGGAAGCAGCAGCUCUGUGCUCAGGGUGUCAUGUCCGACCUCAUGACUCUGCUCCAGGACCCAGACAUCGAGGUGAGGGCCAAUGCCGCUGGAGUGUGUAUGAACGCACUCAUCAUCACUGCAGGUAAAGUCCAAGGCCUGGAGCUGGGCCUGAUACCUCUGUUGUUGGACAUCAUCACUGCAGAGGAGCUCAGUCCAGACCCUGUGGACCCUGUGGGCCCAGAGCAGACGCAGCACAGGAAAACCCUGGUCUUGUUCUGCCUCAGGGCCCUGACUGCUCUUAGCGAGGCUCCCGCCGCACGCAGCCUCCUCCAGGAAGAGCGCCACCGCCUGGAAAACAGGAGAGACACAGAUUCAGAGCUGAGGCGAGCCACGGAGACAGCACUCCGUCUCAUCAACUGGACGCCUUAA